CCAUACUUAAACACCGAUCAAGGUCAUGCGCACUACACAUGAAUCAAAGUUCAGAAAAAGAUAACAAGACUGUAUAUUUGUAACGUGGAUGUUAUAAAAGAAAGUGAAACAAAAUGAAAUUCACUGAAUAUGCAACAGAUAGGCAAACCUUUAAGGUAAAAGGAUGUUUUCUUCUCAUUCUCAUUUCUACAACCGUCGGCGAAAUGGUUGCCCUGUUGGCACUAGUUGGGCACUGGCGGGUGCUACGGGAGGACAUUAUGAGCCCUACACAGCAACAGAUGUGUCUGCCAUUGCACAGAUUCGCUUUGGCAGAUGAUGAGGAAGCAAACAAACAAUGUCCUAGUAGACUUAACAAGAAGAAAAAUUCAAACAUCUGUUGUGGGACUUUGAGUGAUGUACUUGACAAAGUUUCUGACAAGGUUGUAAUGGAAAAAUAUAAUAGUGACGCAAAUCCUGAAAUGAGUUCGCUGAACCUGACGGAUAACAAAUGCAAUGAAUCCGAUAAGAAGCCACCAAAGGCACAUCUUGUGGACUUAUCACAUGAUAAAAAGCCAGUUUCUUUGGGGAUGUCAUCAAAGUUACUUUGGAAUACUGACCCACCAUCUUAUGCCAAUUCUGGGUUGAAGCAUUUAAAAGAAGAAGGAACAAUAUAUGUAGAAAAGCCUGGUCAUUAUUACAUAUCGUCACAACUAAAAACAAAAAUUGCGAAAACGAAUGAUACAGACGCAACUUCAGACAGCACAUUUAGACACUACGUGCAUUUGAUCUCUAGCAAAGGGACGGAGGGAGUAGUAAUACUUGAGGGUGCACAAUCCCAGUGUGAAAUGGCGUCAGAUGUUUCAGAAAGUACAAGUGUCCUUGGUUCUGUGUUCCGACUGGAGCACGGGGAUCGGCUGUAUGUGGCUACUUCUCAUCCACAAAAUAUUGUUUCUGGUCCACAAAAUAAUUAUUUUAGCAUACACAGUAUUUAGUUUGAAAUGUUGCAAGAUUAUUAUGACAGUAUUUGCACGGGUUUUGCGUGAAGAACUCGUUACAAUCCUGCAAAUUGUAUUUAUGCUGAUCUAAUAAUAUACACUUGGGUAAUCAUAAUAGGGCGUAUUGAAUAUAAGAGUAUAAUGAUCUCAUCAUUUUAAUAAAUAAGCAUGUAAUAAAACAACUAUUUUAUCAUUUUUUAAAAUAAAAAAUAUAUAAAACAUAAAAAUUAAAAAAAAUUAAAAAAUAAAACACUACCAUUUUAAUAUAUCAAGUUCGCCUUCCGAUAGCAGUACAGUUCAGAUUUUUUUAUUAUAUGCUUAGAUCCUGGAAAAAGAAUCACACAGUCACGUCGGUUCAAUUUAGGUCUUUUCCGUAAGAAAAAAAAAUGUUUUAGCUAUUUGAAUGUUCUUUUUUAACUUUUGGUGUAAUUUUAUGAAUGAUUUUUUCGAACGACACCAUUUUUGUCUGAUAUGUCAGAUCGCUCGUGAGAUCUUGCGGAAAUAGCCACCCUUUAUAUUAUUGAACGAAAAUAAACGCUUUUUGCUAUCUAUCUAAAAAGCAAAAAAUGAAUGUAAAUAUGUAUAUUAAGAAAUAAUACAUCCCAAACACUGAUUUAUCGCGGAAUAAAAUUAUUGUUGGAGUUCGGAUUCGAAAUAAUUAUUUCGUGAAGGUGUAGACCGAAUACGAUGAUACAAGUUAAGGCAUAGCAAAAGUUCCUUCUAGGCCACAUCUAUAUAAAUAUAUAAUGAUCAUCUUGUAAAAUUUUGGUUGCAAUGUCUGUUGGUCAUCCGUGUGUAGAACCCCAGGAUCAAACACAAGGACAAAACCAUUCUACCUUAUUGACAUUCCGUAUCCUGUUUAUUCAGGGAGUCAGUGGCACAGUGGUUAGCAGUUGGACUACAACGACAGCGAUCCGGGUUCGAUUCCCGGACCCGGAUCGAUUCCCGGUUGAGGCUAAUAUCCCGACUAGUGUUCAGUGCUGUGUGAUUUACUUUACUUGGUACUGUUUCCAACAGUACCGAUCUACUGUAGUCUGGAUUCUGGGGAGGUAAAUAUGACGCCUGCUGUGGGCUCGGCUGGAAAUAAGUUGUUCCAUCCAUUCCAGGUGGGGACUUUCGUCGACUACCCAUGUUAGAUAGCGCCCCUGGGGGCGUUACAUUUUGCACCAAGGGUGCGUUUAUUUCUGUACCAAAAUACAAAAAAAAAACAACUAAAAUUUUGAAAAAGGACUAUAUCGUUUUAUACUGACAAAAAUGUCUAGUAAGUAUUUACGCUAGUUAUUUAACAUAAAUUGUUAAAUCCAAAAACAAAGUAAAUUUGUUACCACUUUCAGUUGAGUAAAUACGGUAAUAAGACAUUGACCCGGUCAAUCCAUUUCCGCAUGUAGUGUACGAUUCGAUUCGUUAAUUUGUUGCGCAUAAUUAGAGGAUCACAGUGGGGUUUGUUUUUACGUAUUAACCAUGCAUUCGAAGGUAACGAUAAUAUUUAGUUGUUUACAUGUAAAUUUGCUGAUAUAUGUCUAUCUGUUUGUACAUAUGUUAUGCUCUUCAAGAAUGGAGGAAAUAAAAGGAUAAAUCAGUUA